CCGCCCUCAGUCUACACAACACUAUCUGACUACAUCUUUGUAACAGUUUCCCAAAUAACUGUGUGCUUAGCCCGUCUCACGUUAGCGUGAGCAAAGAAAUAACACAGUCACGUAUUGAGUAAAACUGUUUCGCGGCGUACUGUUCUCUUAAAGAAACAGCUACGUUAUUCGGCGGCCUGCAUUUCCUAUGGCGGUGUGUGUCACUUUAACGCUCCCAUGCAGUUGACAAAGUGGACUAUGCGGACUUCUUUUGCAGUAUUCUCAUUCUUUGCUGUUAACCCCUGUGCGCAGGGGUCCAGGGUCGAGUAGGCCGCUCCAGCUACCACGGUGGCAAUUGGCUGCACUCUAUUCUUGUGCACUCAGCUGCUGCUUCUUGCGCAAACACAGCAGAUAUCACACGCGUCACGCACUGGCGCACAAACCGAGAGCGACCCACACGCUUGUCUCUUAGUGUGAGUGUGCACGAUGAAUGCCCGAGCCCAAAGUCCUCCGGUUCAUGUCGUUGAGUCACAUCGGCAUGUGUGAAGAUUAACGACGAGUGUGUGCACCAGUCAAAUCACUGCCUGCUGUACUGCUGCGCGCCCCUCAGCCGACACGGUAGCCGGAUAGCGUGUCUGGACGCCGAAUUCAGAGAAAGGGACAAACCGGUUUGCCUUCAGGACAACACGAUGGCCGAGAGACGGAUCUCGCGGUGGUAUUUUGGGGGAAUCGCGUCCUGUGGAGCUGCAUGCUGCACACAUCCUCUUGAUCUCCUGAAGGUUCACCUGCAGACCCAGCAGCAGGUCAAGAAGAGGAUGAUGGGAAUGGCUGUUCAUGUGGUGAAAAACGAUGGCUUACUGGCUCUGUACAAUGGCCUCUCAGCUUCUCUUUGUAGACAGAUGUCUUAUUCUCUUACCAGGUUUGCCAUCUAUGAGACAGUGAGGGACAUGAUGGGCAGUAGUGGCCCCAUGCCAUUCUACCAGAAGGUCAUGCUAGGAGCCUUUGGCGGUUUCACUGGUGGCUUUGUGGGAACACCAGCAGACAUGGUGAAUGUCAGGAUGCAAAACGACAUGAAGCUGCCUGCUGACCAGAGGAGGAACUACAAACAUGCCAUUGAUGGGCUUCUCAGAGUCUUAAGAGAAGAGGGUGUGAGAAAACUUUUCUCCGGAGCCACAAUGGCUUCCAGCAGAGGAGCGAUGGUCACUGUUGGACAGUUGGCGUGCUACGACCAGGCCAAACAACUUGUGCUGGGGACGGGAAUUAUGGGAGAUAAUAUCUUGACACACUUUAUUUCCAGCUUCAUUGCUGGUGGCUGUGCUACAUUCUUAUGCCAACCUCUAGAUGUGCUGAAGACCAGACUGAUGAACUCGAAGGGAGAGUACACAGGGGUGAAACAUUGCCUACAGGAAACUGCAAAACUGGGCCCUCUAGCGUUUUACAAGGGUCUCGUCCCCGCAGGGAUUCGUUUGAUUCCCCACACAGUUCUCACCUUCAUUUUCCUUGAGCAGCUCAAGAAAUAUUUUGGCAUCCGCAUCAUUUCCUGAGCCCACACAGAGCUGAUCCUGCAUGUGCACUUGUGCUUGUCUUUUAGCUCUACCUCUGUCUCUAAACACCACAUUUUAAUUUAAUGUUUGGACUACAGUGGGCACCAACUGCUGCAGACGUUAACACUGGAAUUAAAAACAGACCACGGGUGAGAACGACUAUGUAGAGACAUAACAACCCAUUCAAAUGUAGAGUGAACAGGACUACAACAUGUUUGCCUUUGGAUGACUGCAGCUAUUCAUCCGUUUACCUUGACAAUGAAAGACAAAACCCUUGUAACGUUGUAACAAGUAAACAAUACCAUCAGACCUGUCAGGACUCUAGUGUAGCUUAAGUUUUCUGUAGAAAAAUGUGAAUCUUGUAGUCGUGUUUUACACUCAGUUUUGUUCAUGUUGGGCUGAGAAUUAUUUGCAAAUUGUAGAAAAUGUUUUCUGUUGUAAUUUGUGCUGCCAUUUUCCAAAACCUAAUGUAUCAACAAAACUCAGUGAUUCGGCUGGCAUGUAUUUGCAUAGUAAUCAUUCCUUAUAGUGCUGACCAAAUGGGUUGCACCAUGAGUUUUAUUGUUUUACAGAUUUGUUUGUCCUUUAAUGAAUAUUUUUUUUACUAAAAUGCAAAUCAUCCUCUAACAUGUAAAAAUUUCAUUUAAACUUGAUUGUCUUUUACUUCAUUCCGCCAAUGUCAGGGCUUUCAUUUUAUUACUGAUUUUUUUCCAAGGACCAAGUUUGUUUUUUUAAGUGCGUUAAUGAAGAUACUGUUAAAAGUGUUGAACAAAACAGUGACUUCUAUUUUACGGUCCUAGUUAAUUACCACUAAAAAUAUUUUACCUACUUAAUAUAUGAAUAAAGAUGUAGAGUUCUACUGCACAUGAGUAUGCAACUAGCAUCAGCAUAGUACUGAGCAUAAUGUUACUGUUUAAUUUAAAUGUGCCAUUGGCUUUGUGUCCAUUUCCAUUUGUCUGUUAGCAGCUAUUCUAGUAAUUUGAUCUCAUGACAAAACUGCUUGCUAUGUAUCUUCACACCUGGUAUUAAAAUGUGCCUUAGAGCUCCUUUGAUUGGACGUGGAGGAUGUGUGCUGUAUCCUGGUACACACUGAUGACGUGUUUUUGUUUCCUUGAGUUUAGUAAUGCUGUUUUUUUCCAGCCGUUUAAAUGUCUGCGUGUGUGUAUAACUUUGUUUUGGUAACUGGCCUGAAGAGUGAAAGAAAUUCAGAAAAGAACUUGCAGUAAGUUAACACAAAUUAAAAUGUAAUUAUUAGAAAAAAUUCUUAUUAGCAAAAAAAAGAAUUCUUACUUUUCCAUACACUGUGAACUGUAGAGACACUGUCCUACAAACACCAAGCCACCCCAACCCAUGUGCAGUUGUCUUACACCCGGAGGGUUGUGGGUUCAAUUCCGUGCUUAGCUCAUUAUAUUCCACAUCCAGGUAAAUGGCAAAAGCUGUAGUGAACAUGCUUUGAGAAGUCAUCAAAGAAUUGAGAAGACAGUUGUGUGUUGACUCAGGACAGAUAUUCACACUCAUUUCUAUUGAGGCACUUUAGCAAAUAUCAUAGAUCAUACUGAACAAAUCUAGCAAGAUAAAAUGUUUAUAAAAUAUAUAUUCAUAGAUACAUAUAUAUAUAUAUAUAUAUACAUAUAUAUUCUGUGAUGUACAGAAAACCCUUCUGUACCUGCUUUAAAAUUAAUUGCAGGUAAUUUUGUCUUACAUCAUUUUGCCUACUGGGAGUGAUAUUGUGAUCUGUGACUUCGUUCUGUACUCCUGCAGCUCCUGAUGUUAAAUUACAAUUGCUGCUUGUGAACUGAACACUUUCCUCCUGUUAUAUUGUAAUUGAGGCAUGGCGGCCAUCUUAAAGGUGAGGUUUUCUUUUCCUAUGCAUUAAAAUAAAAUUUGAGGGACCCAUUGUUGGGAAUGUUUCCAUCUGUUUUAAACUGGUACAUUGUACUAUAGAUCAAACAAAAUAAACAUUUUGGAUUUAAAA